UUUUUUUUUUUUUCUGAUUGUUGAGCACCCUGAUUUCUGUCAAGAUCGUUACCGUGAGGCAAGGAAGCCCCACUCCAAUGGCUUUCAAGAUUCGCGGCCACUUCACCAGGAACCAGAUCUCCAGAUAAGCGGGGUUUAUUGUCGCCAUCUUGCCGGAUUCCAGUCUGGGAAGCUUUGCCUUUGUCAACCGCAACGGCAGCUGUCUUGACAUUCUAUGCGUGGACAGUUCGGAUUUCGGGGUCCAACUCGCGACUGGCAGCCGACGGCGGAGAGUUGCCCCGUUUCCCGCCGUUAACUCCGGGCCCACUCGCCGGGAGUCGUAAGCUGCCACAAUGCACAACCGGCUCUUGCCUCUUGAUAAGGGGCGGCGUCCCAACGCGCGCUUCUGCGGUUCACCAUGCUCAAGACCUACCCGACUACCUUUCUUCCCAAGCGACUAAAGCUUGCCUCUCUGCUCGGCCGACGUGAAUUCGGCGUAAGCGGUGUGUCGACCGACGCCUCUACGGAUACAUCCGAUCCUCGGCAGCCCAUCCUCCUUGCCGCACACCACCAGUCGCGCCAAACGAUGGCGUCGCAGUCCCGAUCCGAGAGCCCGCCGCGGGAGCAGCGUACAAGAGGCGCUUUCUUCCCUCUCGGGUACAAGGAGGCUGUGCAGCAAUGGUGGACAAGUGUGUCCUCGCGCCAGGCCGAGCGCACCGUCCUCUCCUACGUCCCCUUCCUCCGAGAAGGCAAUGCCGAAGCGGCGGGCUCCCAAGUCCAGGACCUCGCCAAGAGCGACCCUUUCGGCCAGAGAACAUGGAGGUCCUCUAUGGUAGAGCUGUCCGGCAGGAACCGCGCGCUUAACGAGCUGGCGAUCGAGCGCGUCGGCGAGCAGGCAGACGAGACACUGGUGAUGCUUCACGGCUAUGGUGCCGGACUAGGCUUCUUCUACAAGAAUUUCGAGCCGCUGAGCCGGGUGCCCGGCUGGAGGUUGUUCGCGCUGGACAUGCUGGGCAUGGGCAACUCCACCAGACCGAACUUCAAGAUCUGCGCCAAGGAUCCCAAGCAGAAGAUUGCCGAGGCCGAGGGCUGGUUCAUCGAUGCGCUGGAAGAGUGGCGCAAGAUACGGAAGAUCGAGAAGUUUACCUUACUAGGCCACUCGCUCGGCGGCUAUCUCGCCGUCUCGUACGCGCUCAAAUACCCCGGCAGACUUAAUAAGCUCAUCCUUGCCUCCCCCGUGGGGAUCCCGGAAGAUCCGUGGGCCGUCAACGCCGACAUGCCCGAACCCGAAGAAUCCACCCUGGCGAACGAGUUCAUCCAAGACCAAGAGAGCAUCGUCAACCCGCAGCAGGGCCCCUCCGCGAGCGACCAGAGGGUGGCAGCGACGAAGAAGCUCAACCCCACCGCCGCCACGCCCAAGCGGCCCAUCCCCAGCUGGCUGGUCUGGCUGUGGGACGCCAACGUGUCGCCCUUCAGCAUCGUGCGGCUCGCCGGGCCGCUGGGUCCGCGCUUCGUGUCCGGGUGGACGUCACGCCGCUUCAACCACCUUCCCCCCGAGGAGAAAGACGCCCUCCACACGUACUCGUACAGCCUCUUCCGCCAGAAGGGCAGCGGCGAGUACGCGCUGCCCUACCUCCUCGCGCCCGGCGCGUACGCCCGCAGCCCCGUGAUCAACCGCAUCCAGGAGGUCGGUCGGCAGGUCAUCUCGCCGGCGACCGAGACGACGCCCGCCGUCCGCGAGACCGGGUUCCCCAUCGUCUUCAUGUACGGCGAGAACGACUGGAUGGACGUCGCGGGCGGGUAUGCCGCCGAGGAGAAGGUCAAGCAGCGGGUCGUCCAGGCGCUGCUGCACGGGACGGAAGAAGAGAAGAGGCGCGAGAAUGGCAGCGCCAAGGUCGUGAUUGUGCGCAAGGCCGGGCAUCAUCUGUAUCUGGAUAACCCGGAUGAGUUUAAUGAGGUGGUGAGGAAGGAGUUGGAGGAGACGAGGGCCAGGGGAUUGAGGGAGAGGGCUAGCAGGGGGUAAUGUCUAGUUGUAGCUUGGUAGCGGCUGUGCAAUGGGACUGUACUGGACUCUUAAAAAGAGGUGGAGUGGGUGUUUUAGAGGUUGUUUCUCGUCUGAUGGGAUACCUGUUAGGGCAUGUCACGGCGUUGCAGGGACGAUUUACCCAACGGGUUGGUUUGUCGGCCGGGUGCGUUUUAGAGUCCCGCCCGGCAUGGCGUUAAAGGUGUUCCCUGAUAGAACCACAAUAUUUGGGUGGUAGCUGUAGUUCUCUCGUUGCUUAUACCGUCUAGUACCUAGAUCAGGUAGAGAGAGCUCCAGAGAUGAAUUCCGGUGGCAAUCAUAUAAUUACCUACAUUACACACUUUCGA